AUGAACUGCGGCAAUUAUUAUUCUCAAAAAGGAAGUUGUACUUUCGACACUGGUAAGUGCGAUUGGACAGAUUUAGAUUCUGGCAACUUCCAUUGGUCUAGAGGCAGAAGUACUCCCAGUAGUAGCACCGGUCCCGGCAAUGACCACACUACUAAGUCUACAUCCACAGGAUCUUUCCUAUAUAUGGAGACAUCUUUGCCACGAAGACCUGGAGAUAUCGCACAAAUAGCUGGGCCAGUAUUGCCACCAAGUAGUGGAGUAUGUUGGUUGCGUUUUUACUAUAAUAUGUAUGGCAGUUCCGUUGGCACCCUUAGAGUUAUAUUAAUAAAUCAAAAUAAUGUCAAUCUCGGACAAGUGUUCUCAUUAACAGGCAACCAAGGACCAAGUUGGCAUCGUGCGAUCGUACCCAUUGGUAGUCAAACAUCCUACCGAAUCGUAUUUGAAGGAAUUGUAGAUGGAAACUUUGGUGAUAGCGCUAUUGAUGAUGUUAGCUUUACUCCUGGCUGUAUACAAGGAGGCACUCCAAUUACCCCGUUACCUCUACAAGGUAGUCAAUGUCCUCAAUCAAAUACCAACUUUACAUGUCCAAUUAACGGUAACUUGGUAUGCUUACCAAACUCAUGGCGAUGUGAUGGAGUAGAUGAUUGCGACAAUGUUGCAGACGAACAAAAAUGUGGCCAACUCCAAAGACCUUGUCGCAAGGACGAGUUUAAGUGUCAAUUGGCUGGUUGCAUUAAUAGUACUUUGACAUGUGACGGAAGCACAGACUGUAUUGAUGGAUCUGAUGAAUACAACUGCACAACUACUCAACCACAAGCAGCUAAUUCCGGUGGUUGGGUUGCACUUGGUGUCUGCCUGACAUUACUGAUUGUAGGCGGUGUUGGAGCUGUUUACUACUUCUACAGACGUCGAUCAUUCAAUUUCAGCUAUGCUGCACGAUUAAAGGGCAAAGGUGGAGUUGGAAAUCCUAUAUACGAAGCCUACGAACAACAAGUGCCUCUAGAGGAAUUUCAACUAGGCGAUGCAGAAGCCCCGAAUACUAUUGAGGAUACGACGGAAAGACCAACUUCCAUUACUAAUCCAUUAUACUCUGAAGAUGUAAACCAAGGAGCUGAAGCCAUUACCAAUCCCCUUUAUGAAGAUAAUGAUGAAUCUGUUUAUCAAUAG